GGGUCUGUCUCCCCAAGUGCCUCUGUCUCCCCAAGUGCCUCUGCCCCAGUGCCUCUGUCACCCCCAAGUGCCUCUGUCUCCCCAAGUGCCUCUGUCACCCCCAAGUGCCUCUGUCACCCCAAGUGCCUCUGUCUCCUCCAAGUGCCUCUGUCACCCCCAAGUGCCUCUGUCACCCCAAGUGCCUCUGUCCCCAAGUGCCUCUGUCACCCCAAGUGCCUCUGUCACCCCCAAGUGCCUCUGUUACACCCAAGUGCCUCUGUCUCCCCCAAGUGCCUCUGUCGCCCCAAAGUGCCUCUGUCGCCCCAAGUGCCUCUGUACCCCCAAGUGUCUGUCUCCCCCAAGGCCUCUGUCACCCCCAAGUGCCUCUGUCACCCCCAAGUGCCUCUGUCUCCCCCAAGUGCCUCUGUCUCCCGCCAAGUGCUCUGUCUCCCCAAGUGCCUCUGUCUCCCCCAAAGUGCCUCUGUCUCCCCCAAGCGCCUCUGUCACCCCCAAGUGCCUCUGUCUCUCCAAGUGCCUCUGUCUCCCCCAAGUGCCUCUGUCUCCCCCAAGUGCCUCUGUCUCCUCCAAGUGCCUCUGUCCCCCCAAGGCCUCUGUCUCCCCCGUGCCUCUGUCUCCCCAAGUGCCUCCUGUCUCCUCCAAGUGCCUCUGUCUCCCCCCAAGUGCCUCUGUCUCCCCAAGUGCCUCUGUCCCCCAAGUGCCUCUGUCUCCCCCAAGUGCCUCUGUCCCCCAAGUGCCUCUGUCACCCCCAAGUGCCUCUGUUACACCCCGAGCUUCGUCAUAUGGAGCCGGCAGAUGUGACGUGCACGACUCCUGUGAUGUGCACUACUCCUGUGACGUGCACGACUAUAAUUAA